CUUAUCAAAUCAAAGACAACUUUGCACAUAACAAAUUCAGCAGUUUGGAAAAGAAAGCAAUGGAUAAAGUUAAUACUGUUCCGAGGUUGCUGGUCUUUUUGGUUAGCUUAGUGGGAGCAGCAGUUGCUGAGCAAUGUGGCUGGCAAGCUGGUGGAACAAUCUGCCCAGACAACUUAUGUUGCAGCCAAUAUGGGUGGUGUGGCAACACCGAUGCCUAUUGUUUGCCUGAAAAUAAUUGCCAGAGUAAUUGCAAAAGUAGUGGCCCUGGAGGAGAGACUGCGACUGUGACAUCCACUUACCAUUUCUACAAUCCAGAGCAACAUGGAUGGGAUUUGAUGGCUGUGAGUGCCUAUUGCUCUACAUGGGAUGCUAGCAAGCCAUUUUCAUGGAGGAGUAAGUAUGGUUGGACUGCCUUUUGUGGCCCUGUUGGUCCUACUUUCCCAGCUGCUUGUGGCAGGUGCUUGAGGGUUACAAAUACAAGAACAAAUGCUCAAGAAAUAGUGAGGAUUGUGGAUCGAUGCAGCAAUGGAGGGUUGGAUUUGGAUGUGGCUGUUUUCAACCGAUUGGACACUGACGGAGUAGGAUAUGCCCAAGGCCACCUUACAGUAAAAUAUGAGUUUGUUAAUUGUGGCGAUGGUUUCAACCCUUUACUUUCCUCAGUUGUUGAUAAUAGCAGUAAAUAAAAUGUUUGCUGCUUAAUUAUGUGCUAGAAAAGCCAAAUCAUGUGAGGGAACAUGCUGUUGUUUUGAGAGCUGGCUUAAUAAAUUUCAUCUGGGGUUUGCUUGGUUUGUUGAAAUAUUCUUUUACAUAUCUUCAUUCCAACUGAAAAUGAACUUCAAAUGUUUUAAGUUUAAA